AAAAUUAUGCUUUUUUCAACUCUUUCACACACACCUUUAUAGUAGCUUUUACAUUUCUUCAUAUCAUCACCUAACCCUUCUUCUCUCUCUCUUCACAUUCUCUGCACUCCAACUGUUUGAUAAUUUUUCAUCAAAAUUUUCAUAAUGAUUUCUGAUCCAAAUCUUUAGUUAGUGUGCUCACUCUCCUUGAAUUCUCAUCUGGGUUCAAUCCAGUUUUGACUGAAUCAGUCUCAAGUGAAAAAAAAUCCCAUCUUUUUUGCUGUUUUUUUUUUGUCAUAACACUUGGAUUUGAGAAUUUUGAGACAUGGGUGGAUGUUUAGGUAAAGGUAAGGAUUCAGAGGUAGAGCACAAUGGUUACAGACAUGCUGGGGCUGGUGGUGGUGUGCACAACCAGAAGACCCAUGAACCUUUGGUCAACCAGUCAAGAGCAGCACCUUCUUAUCAACCUUACCAGUUACCUGAAAAACAUGCUUCAUCCACUCAGGCUGUGCCUCAGGUACCAAGGAAGCCUUCUGUUGCUUCUUCCCCAAGCCCAAAACCUGUUAAGCAACAGGAUUCAAUCCUUGGGAAACCAUUUGAGGAUGUGAAGCAGUUGUACACUCUUGGGAAAGAAUUGGGGAGAGGGCAAUUUGGGGUUACAUAUCUAUGCACUGAGAUUUCAACUAAGCUGCUGUAUGCUUGCAAAUCUAUCUCAAAGAGGAAACUUGUUAGCAAAUCUGAUAAGGAGGAUAUAAAGAGGGAGAUUCAGAUCAUGCAGCAUUUGAUUGGUCAACCUAACAUUGUUGAGUUCAAAGGUGCUUAUGAGGAUAAGCAAUCGGUUCAUGUUGUGAUGGAGCUAUGUGCAGGUGGUGAGCUUUUUGAUAGGAUCAUUGCCAAGGGGCAUUACAGUGAAAGGGCCGCUGCUUCAAUAUGCAGACAAAUUGUUAAUGUUGUUCAUGUCUGCCAUUUCAUGGGUGUGAUGCAUAGGGAUCUGAAGCCAGAGAAUUUCUUAUUAUCUAGCAAGGAUGAAAAAGCACUUCUCAAGGCCACGGAUUUUGGCUUGUCUGUUUUCAUUGAUGAGGGCAAGGUGUAUCGAGAUAUAGUUGGGAGUGCUUAUUAUGUUGCUCCAGAAGUUCUAAAGCGCAGAUAUGGGAAGGAAAUAGAUAUAUGGAGUGCAGGAGUUAUAUUGUAUAUCUUACUUAGUGGCGUCCCUCCAUUUUGGGCUGAGACUGAAAAGGGAAUAUUUGAUGCCAUAUUGGAAGGUCAUAUUGAUUUUGAAAGUCAACCAUGGCCUAAAAUAUCUGAUAGUGCCAAGGAUCUUGUUCGUAAGAUGCUUAUACAGGAUCCAAAGAAACGCAUUACUUCUGCUCAGGUUUUAGAGCACCCAUGGAUUAAAGAUGGAAAAGCUUCUGACAAGCCAAUGGACAGUGCAGUCCUUUCCAGAAUGAAGCAAUUCAGAGCUAUGAAUAAACUUAAGAAACUUGCCCUGAAGGUCAUUGCUGAGAAUAUGUCUGAAGAAGAGAUUAAGGGUUUGAAGGCAAUGUUUUCAAAUAUAGACACUGACAGGAGUGGUACAAUCACAUAUGAGGAGCUAAAGGCAGGGUUGCAAAGACUUGGCUCGAAGCUUACUGAAGUUGAAAUGAAGCAACUUAUGGAAGCUGCUGAUGUAGAUGGAAAUGGCACAAUUGACUACAUAGAAUUUGUCACUGCUACAAUGCAUAGACACAAGUUAGAAAGAGAUGACCAUCUUAACAAAGCCUUCCAAUACUUUGAUAAGGACAGCAGUGGCUUUAUUACAAGAGAUGAACUGGAAAUAGCCAUGAAAGAAUAUGGUAUGGGUGAUGAUGCCACAAUCAAGGAAAUUAUAUCUGAAGUUGAUACAAUUAUAUCUGAAGUGGAUACAGAUCAUGAUGGUAGAAUCAACUAUGAAGAGUUCUGUGCAAUGAUGAGAAGUGGAAACCAACAACAAGGGAAGCUGUUCUAAAUCACACCGCCUAACCAAUAUCCAAAACCCCACUGAGGGAAAAGAUUUAUAUCAUUCAUAGGCAUGUAAAGCUUCGGAUUUAGAUUUUUUUGAGUUACUAUUUCCAAUAACUGUUUAAUCAACUAUCUGGUUUCAGUUUUGGUUUCUUUCUCUCCAAGCAGUUCUUUUUAAAUUUGUUUUGACACUACAGUAUAAAAACACAUAGCAAAUGUGAUAUCUCAAUGGAUGCAAGUUUUUGCACCUUGAGGUCCUUAUCUGGUGUUUUUUAUUAAGGAUUGUUUGCUAGUUGCUACAAGAAGAUCGGUUUGGAAAUUAAACCAAACCUUGUUUUGGUUA